CAGGAAGUCAGUUAUUUAGAAUGUUCUCUGCAAAAUUGGUUUGCACAUGUAUUUGCAGCAGCAAGCCAUUAUGUGCUGAUGAUCAUGGCCUUUGAUAGAUAUGUAGCUAUAUGUAAUCCACUGCGAUACUCAGCUAUAAUGACCAAUAAAAUGGUGGUUAAACUAUCAGCAUUAGCUUGGGGGGUUUCAGUAAUUACAGUGACAAUUGUGAUAGGACUCACUGUACGCCUGUCUCGCUGCAAACAUAAAAUUGAAAGCCCUUUCUGUGAUAAUGCCUCACUUUUUAAACUGUCCUGUGAGGACAGUGUGGCUAUUUAUAAUGUGUAUGGAUUAAUUUCUACUGUGGUUAUCUUUAUUUUCUCACUUGGGUCUGUAUUUAUUACAUAUGGAAAAAAUACUGCAGUGUGUAUAACCAGCAAAAGCAAAGCACUCAAUAGUAAAGCCUUAAAAACAUGUGGCACACACAUAGCUGUUUAUAUAAUCAUGUUUGUUUCUUGUGCCAUCAUGGUUUUUUUCCAUCGUUCUCCUCAAUACUCUGAAAAUAGGAAACUGGCUAGUGUAAUGUUCCAUAUUGUACCACCAGGGCUAAAUCCUUUAGUAUAUGGUUUACAAACCAAAGAGAUAAGACAAAGGACAUUUAAACUUUGCUGUAGCUAA